CUGCAGGGUGUACUUCUAAAUGGAACUGCAAUAGCAGUUAAACAACUUUCAUCUAAAUCAGGGCAAGGGAUCCAUGAGUUUGUAAAUGAAGUAGGAACUAUUUCUGCUCUGCAACAUCCAAAUCUUGUAAAGUUACUGGGAUGCUGUGCAGAAGACAACCAACUUCUUCUUGUCUAUGAGUUCAUGGAAAAUAACUCCCUUGCGCAUGCUUUGUUUGGUCCAAAUGAGGUGAGGUCAAGACUAAAUUGGCCCACCAGAGUUCAAAUUUGUCUUGGAAUCGCAAAAGGCCUGACUUUUCUACAUGAAGAAUCCAAAUUGAAAAUUGUUCACAGGGAUAUUAAGCCAACAAACAUUCUUCUUGACAAGGAUUUUAAUGCAAAGAUAUCUGAUUUUGGAAUCGCUAAGCUUUAUGAAGAGGAAGUGACACAUGUGGUCUCUAAAAUAGCAGGAACCACUGGAUAUAUGGCUCCUGAAUAUGCCAUGAGAGGUCACUUAACAAAUAAGGCAGAUGUUUAUAGUUUUGGAGUUGUCACGUUGGAAAUUGUCAGUGGCAAGAACAGUACCAGUUAUCGGCCAAAUGAUGAGAUUGUUUACCUUUUAGAUUUGGCAUAUGUUUUACGACAGAAAGGAAAUCUUAUAGAAUUAGUUGAUCCGUCCUUAGGGUCAGACUACUCUUUAGAGCAAGCAAAUACAAUAUUGGAAUUAGCAAUGUGGUGCACUAACCUAUCCCCAUCACUCAGGCCCCCCAUGUCUGAGGUUGUGAAAACUCUUGAGGGACACACUACUAGGUGCAGCACCCAGUGCCCCUUAUUCAAUGGAUGA